AUGACUGUUCUCGAGCUGGAUGCGAUAAUUGUCGGCGCGGGGUUCUCAGGAAUCUACAUUUUGCAUCUCCUGCGCGACGAACUGCAUCUCAAUGUCAAGAUCUUGGAAGCCCGCUCGGAUGUGGGCGGCGUCUGGAACCGCAAUGUAUACCCCGGGGCCCGGGUAGACUGUCCUACUCCGGUGUAUGCCUUUGAUAUCGAGAAGGUCUAUAGGGACUGGAAGUGGUCGCAAGCGUAUCCCUCGCAGCAAGAACUCCAGGCGUAUUUUCGGCACGUCGAUCAAGCGCUUUCGCGCUGGACUGUCAAAACCGAUGACGGCAAGACGGUGACCGGGAAAUAUUUGAUACCCGCUGUUGGCUUCGCAGAUAAGCAGUACGUGCCAGCAUGGAAGGGACUCGACUCCUUCCAGGGAACAAUUUACCAUACCUCUCUGUGGCCCCAUGAUGGCGUCGACGUACGGGGGAAACGGGUAGCAGUUAUUGGAACCGGUGCAACGGGCGUGCAAAUUAUACAGGAAUGGGCCAAGGAAGCUGCCGAGACACUGGUGUUCCAACGCACACCAAACCUGGCGUUGCCUAUGAAGCAGAAGUCAUUAGACAGUGCCGCCCAAAGCCAGAUGUUGGUAGAGACCCGAGAAAUGUUCAAUAGCUGCCAGAGCACAUUUGGAGGUAUGCCACACGCAGACAGUACAAAGGCAUUCUCGGACUACUCCUCGGUGGAGUGCGAGAAAAUGCUGGGGGAGUUGUACGACAAAGGGGGCUUCCAUUUUUGGGGCGGAUUGGCAGACCUUCUGGUUAACACAGAGGCCAAUCGAUUUGCCUAUGGGGUUUGGGCAAAGAGAGUCCGGGCACGAGUCCAUGACCCCGUCAAGCGCGACCUCCUGGCGCCGCUAGAACCACCACAUCCAUGGGGAACAAAGCGCCCGUCGUUGGAGCAGAACUACUAUGAGCAGUUUAACAAGCCCAACGUGCAUAUUGUGGACACCCAGGCUCAUCCGAUCAUGGAGCUAACGCCGAAAGGCAUUAUCACCGAUGACCAGAAGCUCUACGAGGUGGAUGUUAUCGCGAUUGCCACAGGGUUUGAUUCAAGCACCGGUACACUAGCGAAAAUGGGCCUCCAAGACCUCGAUGGAGUGGACCUUGCAUUGAGAUGGCGAGAGGGGAUCCUCAGCUUCCUCGGCAUGACCGUCCCAGGCUUUCCCAAUAUGUUUCUUCCUUACUCCAUACAGUGUCCAACACCGUUAACCAAUGGACCGGUUUUUAUCAAGCACCAGGCCAAGUGGAUCCAAGACAUGAUUCGGAAAAUGGAAACGACUGGCAUUCACUGCAUUGAUCCCAGCCAAAAAGCGGCACAAGCGUGGCGAGAGGAAGUUCUGGAAAUUGCUGGCAUGACCUUGUUCCCACAAGCAAAAUCAUGGUACCAGGGUGCCAACAUUCCUGGAAAACACAUUGAGCAAAUGUAUUAUCUCGGCGGAGUCCCCAUGUACCUCAAGAAGUGCAGUGCCGCUCUUGGUGAUGAGUUCCUAGAGUCAUUUAUCAUCAAAGAGGAAGCGACUUAA